AUGUUUGGAGCUACCAGAGCAGUAUUGAGUGGUCUUGUCAACAAACCAAUCAAGCAGACACACACAUGGAGAAUGGGACAGAAAAAAAGAAAGACUAUGCAAAAGGAUGUUGAAGAUUUCCUCAGAUUACACAAUACUUGUUACUCAAAGAAUUUACCAAAACCAAGACAUGCCGUUGAAAAUGUUUGUUUAUUGUUGUUGAUGUUUUCGGUUGAUAAUUCUUCACUAAAAAUGGAUAAUAAACAACAAAAGUUGACUCAUAUGCCAGGUGGUAAAGCCUAUGACGACUCGAUGUUUGAGGAUGGUCUCGAUAUUUUCACAUUGUUCAAUAAGCAACACGGUUAUACCUACGACGACUUGAUCAUGUUGCCAGGACACAUCAAUUUCUCUGCGGACCAGGUCGACUUGAAGUCGCGUCUCACCAAGAAUAUCAACCUGUCGAUUCCACUCGUUUCCUCGCCAAUGGAUACCGUCACCGAACACCUGAUGGCCAUCAACAUGGCGUUGCUCGGUGGUAUCGGUAUCAUCCAUUACAACAACUCCAUCGAAGAGCAAGUCGCCGAGGUCAAGAAGGUCAAGCGUUUCAAGAACGGUUUCAUCACCGAUCCACUCGUGCUCUCACCAAAACACCGUUUGUCCGACGUCGACAACAUCAAAGCCAAGUACGGAUUCUCUGGUAUUCCCAUCACCGAGGAAGGACGUAUCGGUAGCAAGCUCGUCGGUAUCGUCACCAGCCGUGACACUGACUUUAUCAAGGACCGUUCCACCCUGCUCUCUGAGAUCAUGACAACCGACUUGAUCACCGCACCAGCCAACGCCACUCUCGAGGAGGCAAACAACAUCAUGAAGAAAUGCAAGAAGGGUAAGCUUCCACUCAUCAACGACAAGGGAGAACUCGUUGCUCUCGCUUCGCGUGACGACCUCGUCAAGAAUCGUGACUUCCCAUGCGCCACCAAGGAUCAUGAGAACAAGCGUCUUUUGGUCGGUGCCGCUUUGGGUACUCGUGAUACCGAUAAGCAACGUUUGGCCGCUCUCGAUGCCGCCGGUGUCGACGUCGUCGUCAUCGACUCUUCACAGGGUGACUCAUCGUUCCAAAUCGAAAUGGUUCGUUGGAUCAAGCGUACCUACCCAAGAAUCGAUGUCAUCGGUGGUAACGUCGUUACCUGUCGUCAAUCCGAGUCACUGAUUGGUGCCGGUGUCGACGCACUCCGUGUCGGAAUGGGUGUCGGAUCGAUCUGCACCACCCAAGAAGUGAUGGCUUGCGGUCGUCCACAGGCUACCGCCGUUUUCAAGACCGGUCUCUACUCAUCGCAGUUUGGUGUGCCCAUUAUUGCCGACGGUGGAAUCCGUACGAUCGGACACAUCAUCAAGGCACUCUCACUGGGUGCAUCGUCCGUUAUGAUGGGAUCGAUGUUGGCCGGUACCGAAGAGGCACCCGGUGACUACUUCUACAAGGACGGAAUGCGUCUCAAGAAAUACAGAGGUAUGGGUUCGCUAGAGGCCAUGGUCAAGGGUGGCGAUCAACGUUACUUCUCCGAGACCGAGAAGAUCAAGGUUGCCCAAGGUGUCUCGGGUAGCGUCGUCGACAAGGGUUCAGUCAAGAAGUUCGUACCCUACUUGGUUCAGGGUAUCAAGCACGGUCUCCAAGAUCUCGGUUGUCAAUCCAUCAAUAUUUUGCGUCAAGAUGUAUAUAACGGUAAAGUCAGAUACGAGGUUAGAAGUACCGCCGCUCAAUGUAUUGGUGUAUACAUAUUCCAACACCAUGGUGGUAAAAUUUAUUGUUUAGAUAUACCAACAUAA